AUGUCGUUCCACCGCCGGCUUUCGUUGGCACUGCUCGCGCUGGUCCUCGCACUGGCCGUGCUCGUGCCGGUCUUGGGCUCCACUAAGACCCAGACCCAGGGCUCCGAUGAUGCGGCACCCCUCGCUGGGUGGAGGCUUCGCGACCACGAAGCCAACCACACCAGCAACGGCACCGAGCCCGACCCGGACCACGACCACGAUCACGACCACGGCAACGGAACGGAGCAUCACCACGAAGAGGAGGCACUCCAUGAGAUCUUCGCCAUGUUCGAUCAGGACAACGACACUCUCCUGAGCGAGCACGAACUCGAACUCCUCCACGCCGCCAUGUUCCCCGAGUUUGAGCACGACCAUGAGCACGACCACGACCACGACCACGGCAACGAGACGCACUCGGACGGCGAGGAGGACCACGACCAUGCCCACAACAGGCGUCAGCGCAUCGGCGCCAUGAUACGGCAGAAGAUCUCGGCGUCGUCGGGCAAAGCGGGCAGCGGCGGGUUGGGAGCCGCAUCUGCCGGUCUCACCACCACCACCGAGGGCCACUCGGCCGAGCGGGCCGAGGGUGGGGUGGGUGGGGGUGAGGGGGCGGAUGCGGGGGCGGCCGCAGCUGGGAUGGACAAGCGUGAACUCACCGAGGCCGAGUUUGAACUGUAUUGCCUCACACCCGAGGCUCUCUUCACCGACUACGAUGCCGACGCGGAUGGGUUCCUUAGUGAGGAGGAGUUUAUGACGAUGACGCCCCAGCUGGUGCUGAUGGUGUGCGUUCCUCCUGAGGAGUGGGAGUCGUGGUUGGCAGGACUGGGCUCCGUUGCCAUCAUCUGUUUGGUGUCUCUGAUUGGAAUUGCCCUCAUCCCGUUCACGGUGAGCCAGAAGCACAAGAUCAUGGGCGAGAUCCACAACCUCGUGGUGAUGCUUAUGAUCUCCUUCGCCGUUGGCGCUCUCAUCGGCGAUGCCGUGUUGCAUUUGAUGCCGGAGGUGCUCGAGGUCCACAGCCACUCGGGCGGCGGCCACGACGAACACGCCCACGAGGAGCACUCCGCCGAGGAGGACGACCACGACCACGACCAAAAGAAUUGCGCUCACUUUGUCUCCACCACACGCAUCCAGGACAAGAGCUAUCUCGAGCCGUUGGCGCUGAUGCUGCUUCUCGUGCUUGGCAAGGAGAUUCAACAUGGCCACGGGCUGCAAAAGGAGAGCAGCAACAGCAGCGAUGACGAGCUGGAGAUGGACGAGGCGAAGGACAAGGCCAAGGCCAAGGAGGACGCCGAGAACGAAUGCGAGGCGUGCGACGAAGAUGAUCUCCGCCAGAGGGCCGGCUUCAAGGGCCGCAUUCGCCGCUUCGGCUCCAACCAGGUGGAGCUCAUGAAGACCGUCAAGACCUACGGCUGGCUCAAUCUCAUCUCCGAUGUGUUCCACAACUUCGUGGACGGUCUGGCGAUUGGUUCGGCCUACAGCCAGAGCCUGAGCAUGGGCCUGAGCACGAGCCUCGCCGUCGCCUUCCACGAGAUCCCGCAGGAGCUGGGCGACUACGGCGUGCUCAUCAAGGCCGGCUUCACCAAGCCGUGGGCGCUCGCGUUCAACUUCAUCACCGCCUGCACGGCCUUCCUGGGCGUCAUCAUCGGUCUCGGCGUCGGCCGCGCCGUGACCGACGCCAACAAGUGGAUCCUGGCCUUCACCGCCGGCGGCUUCUUCUACAUCGCGCUCGCCGAUCUCAUGCCUGAGCUCAACUCUCACCCGCGCAAGGGUUGGAUGGGCUUGCUGGACGUGGGCGUCCAGUUCUUCGGAGUCCUGCUGGGCUUUGGCAUCAUGGCCAUCAUCGCCGUGACCGAAUCCGAACACGAUUGCUGA